AUGGAUACUGAUGAAAAAAAUAAUAUUUUAGAAAAUUUUUACUUUGAUGAAAAAAACCCAGCUGCUUAUGCUGGUCCACAGAAAUUGUUUCGUGUGAUUGCCAAAAAAUACCCUGGAGAAUUUACAUUAUCUUACAUUAAACAGUGGUUAGGUAGCCAGGAUGCCUACUCACUUAAGAAACCUAGAAGACACAAAUUUAAGACAGCCAAUGUGAGGGUGACUAGCAUCGGUGAACAGCUGGAUGUAGAUCUUUUGUCAAUGGCUAACCUAGCAGAUGAGAAUGACGGCGUUCGAUUUUUGCUUUGCGCGAUCGAUAUAUUAUCCAGAAAACUGUGGGUUCUACCCUUAAAAACCAAAACGGCAAAAGAAGUGUUAGGCGCGAUGAAAGACAUUAUGGAUAACAUAGCACCAAUCAAAAUACAAAAAGUGAGAGCUGACAAAGGGAGUGAAUUUGCCAACCGAUGGUUUAAAAAGUACAUGAAAGACAUCAAUGUGUACUUUUUUACAACCAAUAACCCACCCAAAAGUAAUUUUGUGGAACGAGUUCAACGGACGUUGAAAGAGAAAUUAUACAGGAUGAUGAGACAUAAAAGAACCUACCGAUACAUUUAUGAUUUGCAAAAUGUCGUGGCUAGCUACAACGCAACGCCACAUAGAGGUCUUAAGGGGUUAGCUCCUAACGAAGUGAACAAAGACAACGAAGCGGAUGUUUGGGCUCGUAUGUACUUGAAGAAAUCUCCGAAGCGACAGCCGACUAAGCCCAUGAUUUUAUUUAGAAAAGGCGAUUUAGUGAGAAUAAGUUUUACCAAAAAGCCCUUUCAACGUGCCUACCAAGAGCAAUUUACCACCGAAGUGUUUAAAGUCGCUGUUCAACUUUUAAAACAAGGCAUACCUAUGUACAAGCUGCAAGAUCUUAAAGGUGACGCUAUUGAAGGAUUGUUUUAUACCUCAGAACUGCAAAAAGUAAACAAAGAUGAAAACAGUUUGUGGUUUAUUGAGCGAACUUUGAAGAAAAGAAAAAGAAACAACAAACUGCAGUAUUUUGUGGAGUGGCAAGGUUUUCCUAAAACAUUUAACAGUUGGGUGAAUGCUGAUGAUAUCAAAGACAUAUCUGCAACUGUUACUUAA